CGGGAGGUGACCGGCCGGGCAGAGGAGCUGGUGGGGACAGGAUCCCUCCUCUGGCAGCCCAAGUGGCUGGUGGGGACCCGGGCACCCUCCUGCCUCUGCCGGAGACCGGGGCUCCCUCGGUGCUCCCCGCCGAGGGGCUCCCGCCCUGCGCAGGCCCCAGCGCACGCGUGACCCGCUGCCAGGGGCCGCGUUUGGGCAGAGCCACGCGGCUCUGGCCGUGCCGGCAGCUGCGGCACGGGGCUGCUCCUCGGCGCCACCGGCCGAUCCAGCCGGCCCCCAGUUUUCGCUGAGCUGUGCCCGACGGAGGAGCCGGUGCCGGAGGAGACGGUGCCACGCUGCCAGAGCCCCGACUGCGCCGGCGAGAGGACAGCAGCCGAGGGAUGCCACCACGCUGAGUGCCGGCGGCUGAGCUGCGGCAGCCCCCCCAGCCUGCGUGAGCUCUGUGACAGCCAGCUCCAUGGCGCCAUGUCCUGCGACAGCCACAUCGGCUUCGACCUGCACCCGCAAGGCUCCAUCCUAGCCCGCAACAUGUCGACGCGCUCAUGCCCGCCACGCACCAGCCCUGCCUCCGACAUGGAGGAGGAGGAGGAGGGACCGGCGGACAGCAGAGGGGAGCGCAGGAGCUCGGCGCUGAAGCUGCCCAAGAAGAAGGCUUGGCGCAGGCACACAGACGACCCCAGUGCAGAGUGCUUCACCCUGAGGUUCGACCUCGGCGUCGGCAGCGAGGCGGAGAUCGUGCCGGCCGUGAAGAAGAAGUCACUGGGGGAGGUGCUGCUGCCCGUCUUCGAGAGGAAGGCGAUCGACCUGGGCAAGGUGGACAUCUACCUGGACCAGUCCCACACGCCGCUGUCCCUGCAGUUUGAGGCGUUCCGCUUCGGGGGGCACUACCUGCGGGUGAAAGCCAAGCCCGGGGAAGAGCUGAAGGUGGAGCAGGCAGCAUGGGAUGCCAGGUCUGCCAGCCUGCCCAUCCUGCAGCCCGCCAGCACCACUGCGCCGCUCGAGCCAGCGCCAGGGCGCCGGGAGGGCGCUGACAGCCUGGCUCCAGGCCGGCGGAGGAAGAACAUGACAGAGUUCCUGGGGGACACCAGCAUUCCCGGCACCGAACCGGCCUCCCAUGGUGGUGGCUCCCUGGCUGCCAAUGGCACUGACACCUGGAAGAACCGUGCUGCCAGCCGCUUUAGCGGCUUCUUCGGCUCUGGCACCAGCGCUGGCUCCUUUGGGCGGGAGACAGAGAAGCUGGAGCAGCUGGUGAGCCGGCUGCACGCCUACAGCACCUUUGGGCUGCCCAAGCUGCCGCCCCAGCUCUGCUUCGACCGCGACUCCUGGGAGGAGGACGGGGACGAGGCCGGCCUGGCGCUGGAGGACAGCUGGCAGCAGAUCAUCCGCGGCGCCGAGGCCCUGUCGCGCCGGCAGUCCCACCAGCAGGAAGCCAUCUGGGAGCUGCUGCACACUGAGGCCACCUACAUCCGCAAGCUCCAAGUCAUCACGGACCUCUUCCUCUGCUGUCUGCUGAACCUGCAGGAGUCGGGGCUGCUCUGCGAGGUGGACGCUGAGCGGCUCUUCAGCAAUGUUGGGGAGAUCAUCCGGCUGCACCGGGAGCUGUGGCGCAGCGUCAUGGCCCCGGCGCUGGCCAAGGCGCGCCGGACCGGGGCACUACUUGACCCCGUGGACUUCCUCGAUGGCUUCAAGAUGUUCGGCUCCCUGUUCAAGCCCUACAUGCGGUACUGCAUGGAGGAGGAGGGCUGCAUGGAGUACAUGCGGGCGCUGCUGCGGGACAGCGAGCUCUUCCGCACCUAUGUGACGUGGGCCGAGAAACACGAGCAGUGCAGCCGCCUGAAGCUGAGCGACAUGCUGGUGAAGCCCCACCAGCGCCUCACCAAGUACCCGCUGCUCCUCAAGUCUGUGCUGAAGAAGACGGACGACCUGCGCGUCCGCGAUGCCAUCACCGCUGUGAUCGGCUCUGUGGAGCGCUUCAUCAACCACAUCAACUCGCGGAUGCGCCAGCGGCAGGAGCGGCAGCGACUGGCCGCCGUCCUCAGCCGCAUCGACGCCUACGAGGUGGUGGAGGGCGGCACGGAUGAGGUAGACAAGCUGCUCAGGGAGUUCCUGCGGCUGGACCUGACCGCCCCCAUCCCCGGCGCCUCCCCCGAGGACACGCGGCAGCUCCUCCUCGAGGGCAGCCUGCGGAUGCGGGAAGGUAAAGACAGCAAGAUGGAUGUCUACUGCUUCCUCUUCACCGACCUCUUCCUCAUCACCAAGCCCCUCAAGAAGGCUGAGCGCACCAAGGUGGUCCGGCCGCCCCUGAUGAUGGACAAGGUCGUCUGCCGGGAGCUCAGGGACCCAGGCUCCUUCCUCCUCAUCUACCUGAACGAGCUGGGCAGCGCCGUGGCCGCCUACACCUUCCAGGCCAGUGGGCAGGCACUGUGCCGCAGCUGGGUCGAGGCGAUGCGCAAUGCGCAGAACCUGCUGCAGCGGCUCCGGCAGCACCGGCGCCUGGAGGAAGAAGAGGAGGAUGAGGGUGAGAGCAGCGCUUCUGCCGCCAGCUCACCCACGGUCCUGCGCCAUGGCAGUGUCAGCCCGGACUCACAGCGCUGCCCCUCCGACGGCUCCACCGAGACCCUCGCUGUGGUGGUGGCGGAAGGCGGCGAUGAGCUCUCCUCCCCGGACUGGGAUGCGGGGCCCUUUGGCUCGACCUCAGAUGGCUCCUCCGUCGGCACCAGCACCUCUGCCGAGACCCCCACCUCCACUGAGACCCCCACCCAGGAGCCGCCUGUGGGCGCCCUGCCGGUACCCCUGCCCCACGGCAUGGCGCCCCCCGCUGGCGGCUGCCGCUCGGCCUCCAUCGACAGCGCCUACGGCACCCUCUCGCCCGCCUCGCUGCGGGACUUCAGCCAGCAACCGGAGGGGGUGUCUGGAGAGGGGCGGGAGCUCCCCCCAGCCCCUCCGGCCCUGCGACCCCCCUCUCCCCGGCUGCGGCGCCGGACACCUGUGCAGCUGCUGCCCUGCCCGGCCAGGGUGCUCAAGUCCAAGUCUGAGGCCAACCUGCCCCAGCUCCUGCCCCCCGGCCCCCCGGCGCCCCUCAGCCAGAGCCGCAGCCUCUGCGACCUCUGCGCUGGCCCCCCCAGGACUAGCCAAGCCCCCAGUCCCCCGGCUGCCCCCGGCAGCAGCAGCAGCUCCACCUCUGAGCUCUCGGAGCCAGAGGAGCCGGGGCAGAACCUGGUGUCACUCCCCGGGGAGCUCGGCCAUGCCGCCGCCCCCACUGCCCACCGGACCCUCUCGGACCCGCAGUCGGCCCAACACCGCAAGCUGACGCUGGCGCAGCUCUACCGGCUCCGGACCACGCUGCUGCUCAACUCCACGCUGACCGCCUCGGAGGUCUGAGAGCUGCCGGGGCCCUGAGGACAGACGCGCAGCCACACCAAGGAUCUGCUCCUGCUUCUAACCGUAGCUGGGGUGCCGCGCCAGUGGGGAUGCUGAGCGGUCCCCUCAGCGAGGACGUGCCCUGGGCAGGGCGGCACAGGGCUGCCCGCAUCUCCCUGGAACGGGGACAGAUGUAGCGUGUGGCUCGAGCCGAGCCCUCAUCCGCAGAGAUGGGGGUCAUCGCUCUGGGCCCAGCCAGCCCACGGUGCGUGGGACAGGCAGCCCUGGGGUCACGGGGGCCGUGGGGUGGCUCCCGUGGGUGAGGAAGGGAUGACGACGUUGGCAGUGGUGAGUGGGGAAGGUGCUGAGAGGGAUGCGGUGCAGGCGGCGUGGGAAGGAGGCUGGGGCUGGUGCCACGGGGGAAGGUGCCAGGCUGGGGUGGUCGUGGCCGCGGGGUCUGGCGGUGGGACGGGCAGCAGUACCAGGGGCUGGAGCGUGGGCGCUGCAGGGGGAUGUGGCAGCGGCCGGAGUGGCAGCUGCUCUCCUGUGCUGGGCUGUGCUCCGCGUCCCGGUUGAGCAGUAAACGCACUGGUGGCCGUCGC